AUGGACACAACGCGAACAGAUAAUGUCCGGCGCACAGCAGAACUAGCAUGCCACGAAUGUCGGCGCCGGAAAUCUAAAUGCAAUCGGAUUAUUCCCUCGUGUCUGCUAUGCAGCAAGUUUGGUCGGCGAUGUGUCUAUGAAAGACAGAUCAAGACGCCUCUUACUAGAAGGCAUUUGACGGAAGUGGAAGAGGAGCUUGCGCGGACGAAGAUUCUAUUGCGGCAAUUACAGUCCGGAAGGCAGGAUGCAGGUCCCGGUUAUGCUGAGUGUGGUUCUGACUCACAAGGUAUUCGAUCGCCUAAUUGUGACAUGCGUGAGAAAAGUUAUGGUACUUUAGUGUCGCCGGUGGUUGCGCCUAGUAGGCAGGUCUCGACCGCAGACGAAACAGACGGUGCUAUUGAUAGAACAGAUAAUCGGCCACCACCUGAAAGAAAUCCGGCACGAAAUUAUAAGACUCCAUCACAGGUCAAUACUCGAACAAGCUCAAGUGGACCCACGGCUACUAGCCCUAACCGACCCAUUAUCUCUCCGGCCUCGCGCAGAACACCAUAUUGUCGGACAAACGGUUGUCCCCGCGAGUCAGAGACGCAUUCUGUUACUACAUCCGGACUGUCUUUGGAAGCGCCACCCUCGUCUGGUAGCUUUGAAUGGGAUGAACGAACUGGUAAAGCCAGCGGUGACAGAUUUGUCGAUGGGAUGGCCAGUUUGACAAGUCGCUCAAAUGAAGGGGGCUACCUUGGAGUCGCGUCAGGUGCUGCUCUACUUCGAAUGACCGAUUCUCGAUCUACCGAAGAAGUCGAUACAUACUGCCAUCAACAGCAAGAGCCCAAACCUCCCGUAUCUUUUGUAUUGACUUCACUAUCCCAGCUCGAGCCGUUUGUUGAUGCAUACUUCCAACUUUAUCAUUGCUCAUAUCCAAUUGUGCAUGAAGCUACUUUCCGUGCUCAGUUCAUGGAGGUCGUCCCUAGACCCAGUACCAAUGCUUGGCAAGUACUGCUUUUCGUGAUCGCCGCUAUAGGCGCUUUCACAACAGCCACGCACCCUACCGAUGUUGACAUUGGACUGUUCGAGGCAGCCAAAGCACGAUUGUCAAUUGAUGUUCUGGAAACAGGGAAUUUGCUUCUUGUCCAAGCUCUAACAUUAAUAUCCAACUACCUGCAGAAAAGAAACAAGCCAAACUCGGGGUAUAACUACAUGGGUCUCGCCAGACGUAUUGCGAUGGGGAUUGGCCUUCACAAAGAGUUCCCGGCGUGGGAGGCGAAUUUGCUAACUAUCGAGAUGCGUCGGCGCUGUUGGUAUUGCUUGUACAUAUUUGACGUGGGAGGAAUUAUCACGUUUUCCAGGCCAUUCGACUUUCCCAAUGAUGGAAUUGACGUUGAAUUGCCGAUGAACGUGCAUGACAGUGACAUCACGGCUGGUUCGAAACAACGCCCGAGCCCAGCACCAGAAACGACUAUUUACACCCACCUACGAGCCCAGUCAACAUUCCAUCUUGCAACUAGCCCAAUUUACGCUCGAAUCAUCUCCUCUCCAUUCCCGUCCGCGACCAGCUUGGUCGAAAUGGACGACCAAUUGAUCGGUGGUUGGCUGGCAAGCUUGCCGCCAUUCUUCGCCCAAGACGCACCACAGAAGCCCAAGUUCCGACUGUGUCAUUCCAUUCUACGAUGGCGAUACCGCAACUUUCGCAUCCUCAUGUUCCGUCCAUUCCUGGUGAGCAGGCUUAUGAUACGGCCAUCAGAAGGCAUCCAAGACAACGAUCCGUAUGUCGACGUUGCUGUCCAACGGUGUCUCGAUGCAGCCCGCGAAUCUGUCGACCUCAUCUGCACAUUCUGGAUAGAAGACUCAAAAAACAUGAUGGCCUGCUGGUACGGCCUAUACUUCCUAUUCCAAGCAAUCCUAAUCCCAGUGAUAUGUCUGCGAAACGAUCCCCAAAGCCCGCUGGUCGUGAGCUGGCGAGACCAAAUAUCCAAGGCAAUGCCUGUCCUCGAGUCAAUGGGACAGCUUAAUCCCACGGCUCUUCGAUGUCUGGGUGUUAUCCGUUCCUUGUGUGGGACGUACCUUGAUCCGAGUAUGGAUGGAUUGGGCCGGCCUACGGAAGAGUCGCCGCAGACUCAGUUGGCGAGUUUGUAUCCGUUGAUGUGGCCGACGCUGGAGAUGGCACAGCUUGAUGGGGUGGACUCUAUACUACAAGAAUCGACGAUUAUGGAUUUUAUGAAUCAAUUGCCGGGUCUAGAAUGA